AUGCAUCGCUCUCUGAGUCACCAUAGAUCGCACAGCUCUCAAAGUCGAUAUGGCAUAACUGGACAAGAAGACAUUCUCCCUGCGAAGGCCAAUUGGAUUCCCGUCGAGGCGCCUGUUCCGCUCCGUGCCGCCACAGUCGAUCCGCGGGUCAACCCAUCGCCCUUGGACCGGAUAACACAACGUGACGUCGCAACGGGAUUGCUUCGUUCGACUUCAACGUUCGGAAACGCUAGACGCACGAGAGACGUCCCAGAUGAACAUGUCGAUAGCCUCCACAAGACGAGAAGUCGUGUUAUACGAGCCAUAUCUUCGAUAGUGGGACCCACAGGCGACAUCGCGUACGAAGUGCUCGCCGCUGGAGCCGACGCCUUUCAGUUCAUACCUGUACCGGCAUUGGACUUGGCAGCUGAAGCUCUACUGGGCAUCUGGGACGCUGUUAAGAUGAUUGAAUCGAAUCGGCUCGCUUGUUUGCGUCUCACUGAAAGAUGCGCCGACAUGCUGCUAUCUAUUCGCGACGAGAUCCACCAGGGGGGCGUCAGGCUUGCCGAGGAUAUGAAGGGGCCCAUUACGAGGUUGGAGAACGCAUACGCGGAGAUAGCUGCCUUUUUGCAACGACAACUGAGUCGCUCAUUCUUUCAGCGCUAUCUGAAACGCGACGAUAUCCAGCGCGAUAUUCAACAUUGCGAUGCAUUGCUAAGCGAUGCACUAGGGAUGUUCAAUGUCAGGGUCCAAAUGCGCAUGCUUCAACUCAUUCGGGAAGGAGACAUCCGCCAAAACCCCGAUCCGCAACCUGAAAUCUUCGAGCCGGCCCUUCCUCCAACGAUAACUAGCUCGGCGUCUCUGGCGAUGACGGAUGCGGCUCCAGCUUCGCUCGAACAGCAGGACAUGACCGCUGUUCAUAAGCUGCUCGACCACUACAGAGAAAGCCAGAACUCGCAAGACUUGGACAGUGAUACCGCAGACUUGCGACGAGUGAUGCAGUCUACUCUGCGGAAGAGAGACGAUGUCGCCAUCUGUGAAGUGAUGCAGAUCAAUCGCGACGAGAUGCCAGAAGCCAUCGAGACUCUCCAGCGCACGUUAGCUCAGGCAACUAUUGAACCUCCCAAACGCGAACCCGCCGCCGCUGCAACGCAGUCUUUCGAUAAAGAGUUCAUGCAGUUCGGCAUCGAAGCUCUCAGUCGCUUGAGCGGGGACCUCGAUGUGAACUUGCCUCAUUGGACGAUCACUCGAUUCGAAGUCGAACUGGAUGAGAAGAUAGGCGUCGGGUUCUUCGGCGAGGUGUACAAAGGCCGAUGGCACGGAGAUACAGUCGCGAUCAAGAUCCUGUCCGAAGUGACCCCGCGAAAGCUCUUCCUCCGCGAGGCCAAUGUCUGGAAGAGACUCGACCAUCCGCAUGUGCUUGAGCUAUUCGGUGCCAGUUCCGCUACGAGCAGACCGCCUUGGUUCUUUGUCAGUCCAUACUAUCGGAAUGGCUGCCUAACCAGCUACCUCAGGCGCCUGAGCUCCAUCGAGCAGGUGGACGUCCUCAAGCUCUUAAAGGACAUCGCCAGGGGGAUGUCAUACCUACAUCGCAGAGGCAUCAUCCAUGGCGAUCUCAAGGCAUCCAACGUUCUGAUGAGUGACACUCUGAGAUGCAUCGUGGCGGACUUCGGUCAAAGCGAGCUGAAGGCCGAGGUUUCUCGCUUGAGCGGACAGCCGAUCUCUCGUGGAACCCUUCGAUGGCAGUCUCCGGAGCUCAUGAGGGGGGCGGUAUCUGAACUCACGACUCAGAUCGACGUUUACGCUUUCGGUAUACUAUGUGUUGAAAUAUUCCAGCUAGGAGCUCUUCCUUGGCCGCACUUUGAAGAGAAUACUAUCCGCCAUCUUGUCUGUGACGAGAAGAAGCGACCGACCUUGCCUCGUAUACCUAUUCUUCAAGGGCCUUUGUUUGACAACAUCAUCCAGCGUGCCUGGAGCGAUAGUCCGGUCUCGAGGCCUUCAUUCCGAUGGAUAUUUCAGCGAUUGAACGAGCUUCGAUCACAACCUGGAAUCGCAGCCUCAUCCGUGGGGGGAUUUCCGCCGGCAUCUGACAUUGAUGACAAUGUUCUAGUAGUACCAUCAUCCUCGUCAUCGUAUAGGAGGCAGAGUGGCGAGUUGAUAAUAAAUCGUGGGGAUGAUCGCGAUCUCUCAGACGAUGUGCACAACCCGCAGGUCCUAUAUGCCAGUGACGCCGAAGUCAUUACGGCGGGUGACAACCCAGUUCAAUCUCACCACCUGUUUCGCACCCGGAGUUACUCGGGCAACCCCAACAAUGUGCAACGGCAUUCCAGACGCUUAUCAACUGCUCGUAGUCGAGUAGACUUGUCGGUGCAUCCACCCCAUGACCUUUCGCACGAUGCCCAGACAUCUACCACGCGUGCAUCAUCGUCUUCUACAAGAAGGAAGACCAGCAGCCUACCCCGCUCGCUAUCUCAGAUGAAGUUGAACGACUCGUCCAUACCUCCGAGCAAACUCCAACCCGCCACUCGAGCCGAUGCAUACGCGCGGCGCCCUUUGCGCGAGAGACAGCGUAUAGUUUCACAGCCGAGCCAUGGAGUUGCACAGGCGAAUCCAGAGCCCUCAAUAGCCAGAACUCACGCGAUGAGUCCCGAGCUACGCCCCAGCGAUGCAGGAUUGCACGACUCUCAAGCUAUCCAAGUCCGUGGCCGUAGGGAUCAACGCCGACGCGGCUCCUCUUCCGGGAUAGCCACUGCCGGCCAUUCUUUGGCGGAGGCAGAGCCCCCUACGUUCCUCAUCUCGGAGCGUGCGCGUACAGAGGCAGUUAACUCCUCGGCUGAGGAGGUGCCACACGGGUCCGCUGAUCCUGUCAUAUCUGUUGGGACCAUGCUUGACCCCGUACCUUCUAUGAAUGCCUCUGCAAGCCCAGACUUCAUCACGCCAUCAAAGCCAUCUUCUAGAAGCCGUGAAAACACAGGAGAGCGUGAUAGCUCUCCUCAUCCUACCGUGUCUGCCACCGCUUCAGCAGUCCAGAUCGCUAUGCCAUCCAAUUCGCCAUCCCCAGUCACAACGCCGGCAGAACUUCAUCCUGAUCCUCACAACUCGUUGAGCGACACGGCCAACGAUGCAAGCUCUGACGUUGACGUCUUGCCGGUAUCUCACCCCUCGACUUUGUCCAGUAUCUCUUCCUCGAGUCUUUCUGCCGAGUCGGUCUUUGAUUUCUCCCCCACGCUACCUUCUCAGCCAUCUACACCGAGAACACAGAGCUCGAUUGCGUCGUUGUCGAAGGUCUUGAGUGUUCAUGACACCCAUCACUCAGAGACGUCCAGCGCGCCGCCCCUCAUUCCGGAGGCUCAACAGGAUGGGUCAUCGCAGGAACGCACAGUGCCUGAACCCUCUCAGUCUCUCCCCAAUACUGCGCUAAACGAUGCUGUCGAUGAGGGUCCUGCGGUUCAGCCAUCCAAGCCUCUACCACGUCCGUCACCUCUCAUUCCUACGAGGCGGAACAUUUCUUCGGGCAUAGCGGCGCGUAUUGCCAGCCUGCAACUACAAUCGCUUCAGCACACGGGUUCAACGCCGAGCAUGGCCCAAUCAUCGGAUGAAUCUCCAACCGUCAUAAGCUCAUCCGCAACGCAAGAGCUAGCAGUACUACCAACAAAGCGGCCCGCGUCAAUGGUCAUCAAGCUAACUUCAGAGGAUCUCACGCCCUCGACGUCAAACGCGUCCACAAGCUCCUACUCAACGCGCACGCGUCGCGGAUACUGGAAUCGUCGCGGAGACCACUUGACCAGUGAGGGUUACAUCAUUCGUGCACCAUCUGGCCGUACAUAUCCCUCGGAACUCGAUUCAUACCCUGAGGGUGACGGGCACUUCCGCAAUCAUCGCGGGAAGGAGGCGAAAGACCCGCGAUAUCGAGAGCUCCCUGGAAGCGCUGGGGGUUCACAGUACGAUAAGUAUGUCCAGUACUAUCCAUAG